AUGCUUCUUUUCUUCGGUAGUGGUGGAGUGAAUCGUAGUAGUGUAAUUGUCAGUGGUAUUCGAUUACCAUCUAUUUUACAAUGGUAUCGUUCAAAUAAAAAUAAUUUUACACAACCGAUAGCAUCACAAUUUGAUCAAUAUCCUGUACAUAUUUCUGAUCAAUAUCGUUAUCAUUAUGAAUUAGAUUUAAAUGGAACAUUAAAAAUAAAUAAAAUACAAAUAGAUGAUAAUGAUACAUAUGAAUGUCGUUUAAUAUUAAUUGAUCGAGGAUUAUUGGAUAUUAAAGAAAAAUAUUUUAUUUAUUUACGUGUCAAUGAAAAGCCACGUUUUUUAAAUGUAUCAUCAUCAAUUUCUAUUGUUGAACAUUAUUCAACAAUUAAUUUGUUUUGUGAUAUUUAUGGUGUACCAGAACCCAUUGUUUCAUGGUAUAAACUUCUUAAAGAUGAUCUACAAUUACUAUUGAUAAAUAGUAAAUAUUUUAUUUUACAAAAUGUCGAUGAUCGUCUAGCUGGACGAUAUAAAUGUAUUGGCAAUAAUAGUCUUGGUUCAAUUGAAAAUGAUUUUCGUGUAUUGGUCAAAGAUCCUCCUUUACCAUCGUCUACUGUUUCAAUAAAAAAUUUAACAUUAAUUCGAAAUAAUUUGGGUAUUGCACCUUGUUUAUUAGAAUCUUAUCCUCAUCUAGAAUCUGUUUCAUGGUAUAAAAAUUCGACGGCUAUACAAAUUGAAUCAAAGGGUUUGUAUACAAUUAAUACUGAAUAUUCAUUAAUUAUUCAAUCAGUUACAUCAGCGGAUGAUGGAUUCUAUUUUUGUCGAGCACAAAAUUCAGAAGGAUUUGGAUAUUCUUCGACAUUUUAUGUAGAAACAAAAGAACCGAUUAAAUUUAUAUUGAAACCAAAUGAUAUCUAUCGUGUGCGAGAAUAUGAUAUAUUGACAAUGUCUUGUGUUGCUAAUGGCAAUCCUAAUCCGGUUAUUAAAUGGUUUAGGGUAUGA